AUGGCUGGGACUGUAAACUCGGUGGACUCUGAUCCGCCCAUUGGCCUCGUGGUGGCGCUCUUUCAGGAUGGUUUUGUCUGCCGCCACAUCAACAAGGAGAACGAGGGAGUCGAGGGCUUCGCCCAGCCUUACGACGCCGAAUCCAGUUAUUUUCUCGCGUGUAUCGAUAACGGACGCGUCCCUGAAGGGCUCCCCGAUAUGAUCGCAUGUGCACACUACAAUGGGAGCGUGCUGACUGAGAUCCGAGACUACAGGGAGAUGCGGGACGUUCUGUGCCCACCCCCGACCCUGCAAUCGAUGUUCGACCGCUUUCCUGAUGUCACGCCUAGCGAGUUGGAGACGCUUGCGUUGGAUGCUAAGCGGCAGCUUCUUCAGGAAGAAGAUGUGUUGCUCUCAUCAUCAUCGACAGAGUCAUCGUCGCCGAGAGAAGAAUCGCGCGCGGGAUUUUCAAUAACGCCGACGACUCGGUCACGGUUGCACAAUGGACUAGAGGCUUCUCCACCGGCGUCAUUAUUGUCACCUAUUGAGCGGAAAAGUGCCCGAUCGAGCCUCAAUGGCCAAGAAGAUAAUUCAACCAAGCGGUGCAAGCGGCAAAUUGAGACCAACGAUCUUCUUGCCGAAGAUGCAGCGUCAGUUACCCCGCUACCAGCGACACAACUGUUUCUAUCAAAGCUGAAAGGGAAGAGACGGAGGCCAGAAAAUGAAGUGCUUUAUGGCAAGCCUGCGUGGGUGACAAUUGCUCGCGUGGGGAGAUUUGUUCGUGCAGCUACACGCUUGGAACGUGAACAUUCCCGAUUUCUCCAUCACGUAGCAGGCAGUAUGCGCUAUCUUGCUCGGCAACUUGGUGACUUGACUCGCCCCAGCGACGUGAUCGCAGUAGCAAGCGCCCGAGAGUUGAAAAUAGCGGAAGAUGAAGGACGGGAGCUUCAAGAUCCAGACUGGAUGGAUAAUGGUGAGCGUUGUCCCUUACCACUUGCAACCGACUCAGCCAGCUUGAUCAAGGACUACCAGCCAACAGCAGCAGCGCCUCACUUCAACGCUUUCGAUGACGACGGCAACCUCCAGCUACAAUCUGCUUAG